AUGAUCAAAGGCCGUGCAGACUCCAAUAGCAUGCGCCGGACUUACGAGGAGGAUGAGAAUAAACCCGGCCGUUUGAGGCUGCGCGACCAGAACGCAACCGACACCAUCACACACCCAAGCAGAGGCCAUCCGGCCGUCGACUGGAUCUGGACACAAGACCAGCCCGAAGACCGCCUGGCGCCCGUGAUGUUGUACAUUGCACCAACUCGCGCAUUAGUCAUUCAGAAUCUCAUGGAGUUCAAAUUCUUCACCCUUGGCACGAAUCUGACUUGCCGCAACAUCACAGGCGGCCACAACUACCUCUUACAAGUCAAAGAGGCCAAGAAGGCCUGCGAUAUCCUCUGCUUCACCUCAGGCGCACUGUUCAAGCUCCACAACGAAGGCUUCAUGACUAUGGGAAUCCGACCUGCCGCAACGUCACAGGCGGCCACAACUACCUCCAACAAGUCAAGGAGGCCAAGGAGGCGUGUGACAUUCUCUGCAUCACCACAGGCGCCAUGUACAAGCUACACAACGAAGGCUUUAUGA